AUGGAAGAUAUCAUACUUAAAUUAAAAGGAAUAUCUGUAAAUUCUAAUAAUAUUCAAAUUAUAACAGAGCCAUCUAGUUUUUAUCGUGAAUUAACAGAUCAGUCUCAAAGAGCCAAAGAUAGAAUAUCGAUAAGUACCCUAUAUUUAGGAGAUGGGGAUUUAGAAAAAAACUUAGUUUCCAAAAUUGAGGAGAACCUAGUAUCAAAUCCCAAGCUAAAAGUAUCGUUUCUGAUCGAUUUUCUUAGAGGAACGAGAGGUCAAGCUGCUGAAAAAAGUAGUACGUCUCUACUUAAGCGGAUUGCUGAUAGAGCUGAGAUUUAUCUUUAUCAUUCACCAGAUCUUCGAGCUUUCUUCAAACGUACUCUCCCUGAAAGAACAAAUGAAAUCAUAGGGUUACAGCACAUGAAAUUAUACAUUUUCGAUGAUAAUGUUCUAAUCAGCGGUGCUAACUUAUCCGACUCGUAUUUCACAAAUAGACAAGAUCGUUACAUUUUGUUUAAGAACAGUCCGGAGCUUGCUGAUUUCUUUGUUAAAAUAAUUGAAGUAGUCGGAAAGUCUUCUUUCACAUUGCAAAGCAAUGGUGAUACUGAACUGAGUUAUGAUUGCACGGUUCAUCCUUUUCAAGGGGUUUAUGCGGACUAUAUUAAACUACUAAAGGAGAGAAUUGAAGAAGUUAUCAAUUCUUUCGAUUCAAAGUCAUCCAACUCCGAUACUAUGGUCUAUCCCCUCUUACAGAUGGGACCGUAUGGCAUAAACCAAGAAAAAGAUUUUUUGGAAGCUCUUUUCUCUUUGAAAGAAAAAAACCUGAAUCUUAUAAUGGCCUCUGGUUAUUUCAACACCACAAAAGAAUACGAAGAGUUGAUUUUUGAAAAAGGAACUUAUGACUUAGAUAUUAUCACCGCUGCGCCUGAGGCGAAUGGAUUCUUCGGGGCUAAUGGUUUAUCGAAAUACAUUCCAUCAAUGUAUUCACACAUUUCAAAAACCUUUCUAGAUCAAGCAGUUACAUUCAACAGAAAUAUCAAGCUUUUUGAAUAUAAGAGACAAGAUUGGACUUUUCACGCAAAAGGGAUUUGGAUGGAAACCCCGAAGUUCACUGCAACGUUAAUAGGAUCUUCUAAUUAUGGAUAUCGCUCCGUUCAUAGGGAUUUAGAAGCCCAGUUGUUAUUAGUGACUACGUGUCCAAAAUUACGCUCAAGACUAAGAGAGGAACAUACGCUCAUUUCCAACUUCUCUUCUGUUUUGGAUGUUACUGCAUUGAGAAGAGCCGAGCAUCAUGUACCGGCAUUAGUCAAAGUUAUUUCAAAGCUCAUCAGAAAUUUCUUCUGA